AUGUCCGCUUCUCGCACCUUUUUUGUGGGAGGAAAUUACAAGAUGAACGGCACGCUGGACAGCACCAAGAAGCUCAUCGACAUUCUCAAGAGCGCUCAACUCGAUCCCAAGGCUGGUGAGUGGGAGCGGUGGUGAGGGUGGCAGUGGCAGUGGUUGCAAAGUGAGCGUGUAUGCUUGCUUGCGUCGAGGCGGAAGGCGGGGCCAGCUAGCUGCAUUCGAGGCAGCAACAGCAAGGGCUGACGAAACAGGAACCUCCGCGCCUACAACGAACGCACAGAGGUCGUUGUUGCGCCUCCCGCGCUUCACCUCCUGCUGACCAAGGAGCUGCUGAGCGGAUCGAAGAUUGGCGUGUCUGCUCAAAACGCCUACCACAAGGCAUCCGGAGCGUUUACUGGUGAAAUCUCUGUCACGCAGCUCAAGGAUGCUGGCAUCCCUUGGGUCAUCUUGGGUCACUCUGAGCGCAGAACACUGUUUGGGGAGAAGGACGAGGAUGUGGCUGAAAAGACCAAAGCUGGUUUGCAACACGGUCUCAGCGUCAUCCUCUGCGUAGGCGAGACUUUGGCUGAGAGGGAAAAGAAUGAGAGCAUAAACGUCGUUGUGCGUCAGCUCGAUGCUGUUGCCAAGCAGAUUAGCGAUUGGAGGUGAGCAGUGUAGUGUAGUCCAGUGCAGUGCAGUGCAGUGCAGUGCGGCCCUUGGGGAUGCGCUUCAAAGUGCGCAUUGCCCCCAACGCUCAUGAUGCUUUCUUUUGCAACCUGCAGCAAGAUCGUCGUGGCCUACGAGCCCGUUUGGGCCAUCGGAACGGGCAAGGUAGCGACGGCAGAGCAGGUGAGCAGUUUGCCGCGUCCGCAGACGAAGCGAAGCGAAGCGCUCGCAUCGAAAGCUUAGCCACCACACACACACCCUCGCCCUCGCCCUCUUUCCAUGCAGGCCCAAGAGGUUCACGCUGCCAUUCGCAAGUGGGCAAACGACAAGCUGGGCUCUCAAGCUGGAGAGGCUCUGCGCAUCAUCUACGGCGGAUCCGUAGCCGCCAAGAACUGCAAGGAGCUGGGUGAGUGCAAUGCGAAUCGAGGUGCUGGCAGCAGCAGCAGUUUGUGUUGCGGGCAUGUUGCGGGCAUGUAUGCGGCAGACGCGGACGCAGACGCUCACCUUGUGCAUUCGCUAUCGCUCUCGCUUUCUCCCUUUCCCCGAUCCCAUCUCUUUCAGCUUCUCAGCCCGACAUUUCCGGUUUCCUCGUCGGAGGCGCUUCCCUCAAGCCCGAAUUUGUGGACAUUGUCAACGCUCGUCUUGUAAGUCGAGCCGAUUGCGCGUGCGGGAGGGGAGAGGGGGGCAUCGGCCGUGAGCUGGGUUGUCGUGCUGACGAACAUUGCGCUCCUCCAUCCUAGUGA